AUGGCAGACAGCGGUCCUGUGCCAGAGAUCUCGACGCUUGAAGAUGCUAGCACCUUGUUAGAUAAACUACGCACACUCACCUCUAACAUCGGUGAAGCAGCAUUGAGUCCGACACUGAAGACCGAGCAAGACUACAUAACAGGUGUGGUGCCACAGCUCGAUGAAGCCACUGGGACGUACCAAGCUCUCGCCACGUUCCUACGUGAACACAAGCGCGAUAAAGCAGAAACCAGCGGCUUCCGUGAUGUACAGCGAGCUUUCGUCAAUGUCAUGCAGGAUCUACAGAGUGCUCAACGCCAAGCAGCUGCCCGUCGAGAGGCGUUGUGCGACGCCGACUUCAUGGCUGGCAACGGGUCUGUCGCGAUCUCUGCGCAGGAGAUACAGACUGCGAAAGAAGAAGUUCUUGAAGCUGGCGAGAUUGCUCAAGAAGCUGCAGCUGUCAACGAGCUUUUUCGCCAUGUUGGGACGCUAGUCAGCGAGCAAGGCCACGGCGUGGACCAGAUCGCCACCAAGGUGGAAGCGGUUCGAGUGGAAAUCGGUAAGGGCGUCGAUGAGCUACAGCACGCGCGUCAACUCCAGCGCGAGGCUCGACAGAAGUAUCUUUGGUACCUUUGCCUCUUCACACUCAUCCUCGCAGCUAUCAUCAUCCCUCUCGUCUUUGCGCUCAAGUGA